GGUUAACACGUACUGGUUGGAAUAACCCAGCUGCUGGUGUAACACAGCGUGCUAAAAUCAGCUUUUAUCAUGAGUAAGCGUAAGUCAAGAGAACAACACUUUACUGUGGGAGAAUGUGUUUCCCAGGUCCAAGGAAUACUGAGGAAGCGGUUUUGUCACCAACAGCUUCCAGAGAAACCACUGGGUUUGGAAUCGCAGUACAAGCACCUGCUGGAAUUGUUGAGGAGGACAGCGGUUCAUGGUGAGAGUAACUCUGUGCUCAUCGUGGGUCCACGUGGAGCUGGAAAAACUAUGCUGCUACGUUUAGCUCUUAGAGAGCUGCUGGAGCUAUCAGAGGUGAAGAAGAAUGUUUUACAGGUCCACCUGAGUGGUCUGCUGCAGACGGAUGAUCGAAUCGCUUUAAAAGAGAUUACACGCCAACUUCAGCUGGAAAAUGUCGUGGGAGAUAGAGUUUUUGGAAGCUUUGCUGAGAAUUUGGUCUUUCUGUUAGAGGCUCUUAAAAAAGGUGAUAAGAGCAGCAGUCGUCCGGUGUUCUUCAUCCUAGAAGAAUUUGAUCUGUUUGCACAUCAUAAAAACCAGACCCUCCUCUAUAACUUGCUGGAUGUUUCCCAGUCAGCUCAGGCUCCUGUAGCUGUGGUUGGACUUACCUGCAGACUGGAUGUGCUGGAGCUCUUGGAGAAGCGGGUAAAGUCUCGCUUUUCUCACAGACAGAUUCACCUUCUGAAUUCUUUACGUUUCUCUCAGUAUCAAGAAGCAUUCUGUACUGAGCUUACAUUGUCAGAUGACUUUCCUGACAGCAAGUUUUCUCAAGAGUGGAACCACAACAUUAAGAAACUGUGUGAGGAGAAGUCUGUGGUGGAGAUCUUACAGAAACAUUUUAACUCCUCCACAGAUUUUCGCUCGCUGCACUCACUGCUGCUGCUGGCAGUAAGUCGUAUAUCGGUGUCAAACCCGAGUCUUAAAGCUUCAGACCUGUUGGAGGCCAGUCGGAUGAGUUCUGCUGACUCGAAAGGCAACAUCCUUCAUGGCUUAUCUAUCCUGGAGUUGUGUUUGAUUAUUGCCAUGAAGCAUCUGAAUGAUAUCUAUGAGGGCGAGCCCUUUAACUUCCAAAUGGUGCAUAAUGAGUUUAAGAAAUUCCUCCAAAGAAAAUCUCACUCCAUCCAUAACUUUGAGAAGCCGGUUGUGUUUAAGGCAUUCGAGCAUCUGCUGCAGCUGGAGUUGAUUCGGCCAGUGGACGGAGGGGUGUGUAAGGUACAGAGAGAGUACCAGCUCAUGCGCCUUAUGCUGGAUCAUACGCAAGUGAUGGAGGCACUGCAGAGAUACCCACAGUGCCCCACUGAUGUCAAACAGUGGGCAGUGUCUGCCUUUGGUUAAUACAUGCUGUAUGUUUUAAUAAUGGGUGAAAACCUCUGAACAGCACACAGUUUGAUGUGGUUACAAUUCUGAGUGCCAUGAUGCAGUUUUUAAGAUUCUACAAUCUGAACUCUAUUCUGCACACAGUAUUAUAGGCAAAACUAUAUUACAUUUCUAUUAAGACAUUCUUUAUAUUAUCCAGUGAAAGAAACACUUCCAAUAAUAUGUAAAGUGCAGCAUUUUAGGUAAAACUGCAUAAGUAUUACUGUGAAGUAAAAAAAUUAAAGAAAUACAGUCUAAAACUAUUUGAUUUGAGAUAAAAACCGUGUUAAUGUAAAAGUUUUUGUCUAUAGUUUUGAAUUACACAGUUUAAUAAAAUCAGUCUUUGGAGUAUGCCUGUGGGAAUUUGUGCCCAUUCAGUCAAAAGAGCAUUUGCAUGGCUGGGCACUGAUGUUGGUCAAGAAAGCCUCAAUUGAUGCUCCAGUUCAUUCCAAAGCUAUUCAGUUGGGCUGAGGUCAGGACUCUUCAUGUCUUUAUAAUGCUGAAACAGGAAAGGGCCUUCCCCUAAUUUUGUAAAAUUAAUGCACUUAAGAUCAUUUAUAUAUCAUCAUUUAUUCAUAGAUAAUAAAUAAAUGAUGUUUUUCUUUAUGUACUUGUAUAUUCCUUAGCAUAAUGACUGUAACUUUAUGCACAAACCUCAUUGCUGGAUGAGUCGGGACAUUUUGUAAAAUGUAAUA